AUGCGGGGGAUUGCUCUUGUGCGUGAGCGCUUGGGCUCACAGUCUCCCUGCCAAUGUGGCUGUCGACAUCUAGCCAGCGAAUCGGGCUUCAGAACCAUCCGGCUGCAUCCAGCCCUAGAUUCCACGUAUCAGCUGGGAUAUUCUUCCUCCAGGCUGACGGCAGUGGCUGAACGUGCAUUUGGGAAUACUCUCCCCCGGGGUUGUAAGCCUUUUGGAUCUCGAAACCUACAGACAAGGCUUGCCUUAAGCCUCAGCCCUUUCCGUUCGUUGAGUACGGUGAGGGUGUUGGAGCCCGGCGGGAAACGAGAAAGCGUACAGGAGCUGAAUACGUUGAAAGAAACAUUCUAUAAGAUUAUCCAACAGUGCCAACCAGACCAAGUAAUGAAUGCACUGCUAGACCCGCGUUUCAAGAGAGUAGUUGCGUCGUUACCGCAGAACACAUUCGCCGAAAUCCUGCGCUUGCUAUCUCCAGCCUAUUUUAUUGAGCCCUAUCGGGAAAUCCAUCAUGCUAUCCACCCAUACGCUGCGAGAGUGAAAGGACUGAGACCGCUGGGGAUGAUAUUCAGUGAGUUUGAGGGAAAUCUCUCUGCAAUUGUGAGGAUUAGACGGCAGUCGAACUACCCUUUGGGUCUUGCUGAAUACACCCAUCUGCUUGAUUGUGCACGAUCAAUGGGCAAUGCACGCAUGGCGUGUAGCAUUUUCCACGAAAUGAAAGAGCUUGGGGUCGAGCCCGAUAUUCAGUGCUAUAAUCAUUACCUGGAGGCGUUGGUCUGGGAUUCCUCAUAUACGGGCUUGGAAAAGCAUCGUCUGCGGAUGGAGCCAUAUGCAUACUACCGCCGAAGAUCUCCCCAUCCUAUUCCGGGCUGGUGCGGCUACGGUACUGCCUCCAGAAGUGUCAAGAAGGAAGUGCUGCAGCUAUUAAAUGAAAUGGCGCGUGAUGGCAUUCCCAGUGAUGAGGCCACCUUUGUGAGUGUCUUUCUGGCAUCUGCCCGCGUCGGUUAUGUGGUAGGCAUGAAACGGAUCUUGAAGACGGUUUGGAAUAUCGACAUCGACCUCGUAAUGGACCGUUCGAACCCGUCUGAACAUCCCCCAGUCACAGCCUACGAUCGUACAUCGCCUUUAUACCCCACGGAACGUCUUCUGUUCGCCAUCGCUCACGGCUUUGGCACAACCAGCGACAUCUACACUGCGUUGCGGGUGGUGAGCUUUGUUUCCCGCUCGUAUGAUAUUCCAAUUUCAGAAAAGGUCUGGAAGGAGUUACUGGAACGAGCAUAUCAGCUUUCCAGGCCGAGACGAAGCCGGUAUGCCGAACAGCUCUCAAGGGGCAAGAUCUCACCAACAUUUUUCCAGCAAUUGUUCCACACUAUGACCUCAGAACCCCACAAUGUCCGCCCAUCCCUCGUCCACUGCCGCAUGAUGGCCAAAGUCGCCCUGGAUCAGGCCAAAUUCGAGCUAUUCGAGCCAUGGAUCGGUACCGCGUAUGAUAUAUACAGAGAAACGGUCCAGAAACGAGCAGCUGCGAGACAGGUGGUCGAGCAAUACCUAGACCAGAUCUCGGCAGAGAUUUCCUCAAGAUACAACGGGCACGAACAUGAGAACCACAACGACGGAUCUUCAUUGUCAUCGUCUUCGCUCCUCGACUCCCCCGCCCUGGCAGACGCAAUACGCGUCUACGACAUCCUCCGAACCCUGACAGCCCAACAAUCCAUCCUAAUGGAACGCAUCGCCGGCUUUAUCCUCGUCUACAAGAGAUGGGAACACUUCAGCAACCAAAUCUGGGAACGAAAACACAUCCCCCGUUUAAUCCAGGAAUGGCGAGAAUUCAUCCCGGAAUCCUUUACCUACCGGAUGUGCUGCGGAAGGUUGCACUUUGAGGGCAGGACGCAACGGGGUCGGAGGAAUAUCAGGAUUCAUGAUAGGGUUCCUGUUAGGAUGAAGAAUGACCGUAAUACUACUCGCAUUGACGUUGACAGUGUUGGUGUUGAUGUAAAAUUGGAGGAUAGAGAGAUGGAAGAUGAUUAUUUUUGGGAGAGGUACAUGGCUGCUUCGGCUUCUGUAUUGGAUUUUAGCAGGCCGCCGCUUCUUUUGUUGAAUUGGGGUCCUUUGGAUCAAAAUGGUGAGCAGGUUUGA